AUGCUAACGACGACUCAAUGUGGAGAUGACAGCCUUGAACGCGUCGAGUUUGCCAAAGUGGAUACACUUUAUGGGGAUGAGGAUUCAAACGCUAUGACUCUUUUGCAUGCUUUUCAACAAGCCAAACCAGAACGUGCGGUGCAUGUGUCGCUUCAAAAACUAGUUCAUUCAGCCCAUCGUUUGGUUGCUAUCACUAUGAGCAACUGGUUACGUGUGAUCCAGCAUCAUGUCCUGAACAACAUCAUCAAGCAAUCAGCGAAUUGUCUUUGGAACGUUUCAAGCUGGUGCAUACUAUCUUUUCGCAUUUCAAAGGAGUUGAUACUGGAUGGCUGGAUUUAUACUGUGAAUGUGGAUGGUGUCGUAAUCUCGGCGAGAAAUGUAGGAAGGAUGGUCGUUUUCAUCAAAAACAACGUGAAAUCCUGGAUGAGAAUAUUGCAUAGAAUAUGUUUCUUACGAUUAGCACGUGGAGCGAUUCUUUUUGCAUUGAGGCUAUUGCAUGGUGAUCUCGAGUAUGUAUGCCAUGUCGUUGAAUAUACGGAUGGCGCAAACUUAUGGUUGAUCUAUUUGCUCUGUUCUUUGCCAAACUUCUCAGGAGCGAUGUAUUUACCAUCUCAGAUAGUGGACGCGUUGUACCCGUAUGAUCUCCUCGGCGUCGAAUCCGUUUUUUCAAUACCAGCCAUAAUCACCAAUAACAGCUUGAUGCAAGUGGAUCGACGCAGUCUUUAUUUAUUGCUGGAUCAUCAGGUGGCAUUUUAA